GGGUCAUGGUUUUUAAUUGAUUUUCUAAUAAGAUGAAGAUGACAAAAACUUAUACCAAGAGUUUGUCUGAUCUUAAAAUCAGGCUUCAAAUUGGGACCGACUGGACAAUAAGAAUUAUGGAAAUUUCUUUAUAGCGAAAGCCAGCUGGGAUUAAACAAAGCUUGCAAGGGUGCCUCACAUACAAUCUCAGAUUUAAUGAAUUGGAGCAUUUCCAUUAAAAUUUAAUAAUGAUUCCAUUGCUUCCAAGCAUGAGUUUUUCCUGGCAUGUGAAGGCUAUUAGUUCAACAUUGAACAUAGAAGGUCAUGGAAGGUAAGAUUACACAAUAUGAGAAAAUGACACCCCUCAUCAUUGCUGAUGGUUAUAUUAUCACUAAAAUUGGCUCCUCAUUUUAGUUGAGAGUUCAAGGAUUAAAAUGAAGCAUUUUUAGUUUCAGAUUGGUAAGAUGAUUCCGAUUAUUAUAAGGAAAACAUGCAUUUCUGUUAAUAUAAACAGUGAGAAGGCAGAAAAAUCAUAUCUAUGAAGUUGUUGGAUCACACUUUGAGGGGCAGAAGUGAACGUGCACGCAUUACAGGAUGUUAUAAUGAAAAGGUCAUACUCUGUGUGUGUGCGAGAGAGACAAACGAAUGCAAAAAUUAUAUGAUCUCAAAUUUCUAAUAUAAAACUCAAGCGAAUAGACCAGUCCAAAAGUUCUAAGACGUGGCCAAGGUGGAUUGGUUUUAUAUCAAGAAGUGGAAACUUUUCCUCGGUUCUUUCUUCUCUAAAUUCAUUGAGAGUCUACCGGGGUUGAGUCCAUGCCAUCAUGCUUCUCCAUUAGUAUUGUAGUUGGUGUGGAAAGAGAUAGAUUAGGACACUGCAAUUGAGAGAUUAGCCACAAACUUUUCACCACAACUGACUUUAAAUCCCACAAGGGGCUCCGCAUAAUUAUUUGUUUUUAACCCGAAAAACAGUCCUGUUUUUCUAACAGUCUGGUUAAGAUGGAAGAUGAAGCAGGAUGGGCGAAGAAGAUGAUUCAAAAGGAUAUGCUGCGAAUUGCUGCAUCUGUGAUCCCAAUAUUCCUGCUUUUGUGGACAAUUCAAGCUGGGAUUAAGCUUGCAACUGAUCCUGGGAACGAAGCCAAAUACAACCAGUUUGCCUUAUUGAUUGGGGUUGUCACUAUUACCUUUGGUACAAUAUACUUCAUCAUUGGGCUUGGCAUAGUUGCAGACUUGGUACUGGGUUGGUCAGGUCGGUUGCGGGGGAUGGAGGACAAGAAAACUGCAGUUCAUCAAGCAAGGGAGACAAAGACAACCCAGAAAGAUACUGGCCGCCUUGCUGCAACUGUGAUCACAAUGUUCAUGCUCUUAUGGGCAAUUUUCACUGGGUUUAGGCUUGUAACUGAACCUACAAGAAGAGAUGGAAGAUACAGUGGCUUGGCUUUCUCAAUCGGGGUUGUUGCUAUUGUCUUUGGUUUCGUCUAUUUUAUCAUUGGGCUCGCCAUAUUGGCAGAAUUGGUCCUAAAUAUCUUAGACGAGUUGCAGAAGAAUGAGAGGAAGGAAUCCAACAUUCAUAUAGAUUGCAGCAUUGAUGUCUAACAGCCAAAAAUAGCUUCAUAUUUCCAAUGUUAAGAGGAAUAUAUAGGCCCCUUUUGCUCAUAGUUUUUCUGUAAACUAUACAACAUUCAUCCAGAAAGAUAUAUGUAACUAUGACGGAAGAGUCUAAAUCAUUCUUUCCUAAAGCACUAUAACUACGAAAUAAAUCAUCUAUGCUUUCAUCCA